AUGGAAAAGUUUUCAAAUUGGAGAGAUAAGGCAACUGGUAUAUCACCAUUUAUGCCAAUCCCAUUCCCCAAUUCUACUCAGAACAAGGGCAACACUUCCAACAAUAAGUACUCCACCAAAUUUAAUAAAUGUAUCUAUCAGCUGGUACUAUUCUUUACCAAAUUGCCCCUUUUCUUGACAAAAUUACCAUUUUUUAUUAUUGCUUCGAUACUUUAUGCUAUUACUGGUCUCCAUAUAUUUUUGAGAUUUGUAUUCACAUUCUUGUUUGGUUUUGCUCCGAUAAGGUAUGCCGUUGAUGGGAUUAAAUCAUCUCAAGUGGAGAAAUUGCGUAGCUAUGAACCUCAACGUGGAGAUUUAAUCAUUGCCAAUUACUCAUCUCCUUUAGAUGGGUACAUUAUUGCAUCGAUAGCUCAAACCACCAAUAUCAUUAUCCUUGUGCCGGAUAGAGACGGGAACCUAUUUCAGUAUUCCCCAUGGAGUUUGAUUGAUCAUGCAGUAAAUCAAAUACAAGGAUCUCCAGUUGAUGAUGUAUCCAAGCUCAAAAACAAGGUGGUGGUGUUGUUACUCGAAGGCACUACAUCCAAUAAUUCUGCAUUGUUGCCUUUUAUCAAAUUGAAUCCCAAAUAUACAUGGGAUGAAUUUGCAAGAGUUAAAUCAGUGGUUAUCAAAUUAUAUCCUAGCUAUUUCACAUUACCAAUCUCCAAUUGUUCAAGUUUGUAUUACCUUUAUCAAUUGUUUACUGAUUUUAGUAAAAAAUAUGUGAAGAUUAAAAUUUAUCAGUUUGACAAUACUCAUAGUCAACAACAGUUGGAUCUACCCAGAAUCAGACGUUCAUUUGAGCUUAACUCACUAAAUUUAAUUAACCAGGAUUUGAGUAUUGAUGCAAAGGCGAGAUUUAUUGAUUAUUACAUUACUCAUGGGGCUAAGUAG